GUUUAAGAAAUGCCCGGAAAUGACGCAGUAUUAUUGUUGUUCCAGGAAGAGCGUACGACGGACAACUGAACUGCGUCAACAGUCUUUUUUUAUGGUCCAUAACAGUUGUGGUCGUCGUUCAGCAUGAUAAGUGGCCAAUUUUGACUGAUUGAUGGCGCUGAUCUCGGAUGGGCCUGUAAUAGACAACACCAUGGACACAUCAAACUUUGCCCACGUUAUCUUCCAGAACGUAGGCAAGAGCUACCUGCCUCAUGCCGCGCUGGAGUGUCACUACACCCUCACGCAGUUCAUCAAGCCACACCCAAAGGACUGGGUCGGCAUCUUCAAGGUUGGUUGGAGCACAGCGAGGGACUAUUAUACAUUCUUGUGGUCCCUCCUCCCUGAGAAUUAUGUGGACGGCACUGCAGUCAACAGAACAGUGGUCUUUCAGGGAUACUAUGUGCCCAACGACGACGGUGAGUUCUAUCAGUUCUGUUACGUGACCCACAAAGGGGAGAUUCGCGGAGCCAGCACACCGUUCCUAUUCCGGGCCAGUAGCCCCUCGGAGGAGGAGCUGCUGACUGUGGAGGACGAAUGCAACUCUGACAUCCUGGUGGUCACCACCAAGGCGGGCUUUCUCGAGCAAAAGGUGGAGGAAGCCCAGCGAGCGAAAGACGAGCUGGUGAAAAAGGUGGCCCUGCUGCAGCAGGAGAUGGAGCAGCUGGAAUCGGCCAAGGAGGGCCUGCAGAAGGCGUGCGAACAGGAGGAAGAGAACUGCGCCCAGCUGAAAAGACAGAAUCAAGAGUUGCAGAAUUCUUCCCAAGUCCUGCAAGAGGAGAAGGAGGAAGUCAAGAGGAGACUGGAAGAGGCCACGUCCAGAGUUUUACAGCUGGAGGAAGACCUCAUCGGAGUCACCCAAAGAGGCCUACAAAAGGAAACCGAGCUGGACUUCUUGAAGGACAGAAUGAAGAAACUCACAGCAGAGAAAGAAGCACUCGAGUCUCAACUUAACAACGAGAAAGAUGAAAAGGAACUCUACAAGAUGCACCUGAAAAACCGCGAGCUGGAAAACACUAAGCUAAGUGCUGAGCUGCAGAUGAUGAAGUCAGUGGACGUGAACAAAGAGAACACCAUUGCUCAGUUGAAAGAGGACGUGGGCCGCCUGCAGAUUUGCCUGACUGAGAAGGAGAAGCAGUACAAAGAGGUCUUGGCCAAAGUGUCCCCCCUGGGGGACUUAAAGGCCUUGAAAGAGCAGCUACGCCAGAAAGAGGAGCAGCUCCAGGCCAACCAGCAGCAGUCGACCAUGCUGUCCGCCGAGCUGAGGGACGCGUCGAGCGCCCGCGACCGCACCAUGUCCGAACUGUAUCACAUGAAGCUGGAGGCCGACGGCCUGCGGCACGCCAAAGCCGAGGCUCAGGCUCAAUGUUGCCGCCUGGAGAAUCUGGUGGAGCAGAUGAAGGCGGACGCCAAGCUGGAGGCUGCCAAAGCAGAGGAAGGCUGUACGGACGUGACUCUUGUAGCAGAGCUGCAGAGAGAGGUUGAGGACCUGAAGCUGCGUCUGCACAUGGCCGCCGAGCACUACAAGGAGAAAUACAAGGAAUGCACUCGGCUGCAAAAACACGUGCUCAAACUGUCUGAACAGCAAGGGGAACUGAAGAGAAACUCUGCACAAGACCUGUCGACAGUGCCUGCAUCAGUGAGUCCAGAGACAUCUGUUCCAGCCUUCAUGGUCCUCGCAGGGAGUCCUAGUUCUGAAGACCCCAUGUUGGAGGCCAUCAGCAGAGAGGCUCCCGACACGCAUUCCAAAUACAAGAAAUACAAGCAAUUGCUGAUGGAGGAGAAGGAGCGCAGCGACAUGAUGCACGAGGAGCUGGCCAAGAUGGCGGUGAAAGUGAAAGAGCAGCAGAAGAUCAGCGAGACUCUCAAGCAGCAGCUGGCGUCCGAGGAAGACCGCUGCAUGGAGGUGCAGAAGAGCAACAAGAAAGCAGAGCAGCCGUCCGGCGGGAAAAGCGCCGCAGAGAGCGUUCAGUCCGGCGUGCCUUUAUUCCUGCAGUACCCGGUGCCGUACGCCCAGGAUGCCCCCAACCCUCUGCUGGUCUCUCAGAGUCCCACCAAGCUGCACUUUGGGAACCCCUACUCCUCGGUCUCGCACUCAAAAGACGACGACGACGAGGUAUUGGACGAGCAGCUGCUUUGCCUGCCCCCCGUGGGGCCGCCCUCCUGGGACAGCAACGUGGUGUGCAUCCAACCCACCCGCCACCACCCGCCCGACGCCCACGAGGAGUCGGACGAUAAGCCCAACAACGACGACGACGACGUUAACAGCAACGAGAAGCCCACCGCGACGGAGCCCCCCAACCCGUUUGCCAACGACGGACAGAAUCCCUUUUGCUUUGAUCCCAGCAUGGACAUGAAGCGCUGCCCGCUGUGCGAGGUGAUCUUCCCGCCCAACUACGACCAGUCCAAGUUCGAGGAGCACGUGGAGAGCCACUGGAAGAUCUGCCCCAUGUGCAGCGAGCAGUUCCCGCUGGACUGCGACCAGAAGGCCUUCGAGAACCACGUCCUCACCCACUUCGACGCCUACCAGCUCGACGUCGACUAAGCCGCUCCGUGCACGCGACGCUGAUGUGAACGAACGUCCGUCCCGUACCGCUUUCUUUCAAUCAGCAGUCUUUAACAUUUUAGUUUUUCAACUGGUUCUUGUUUCCCGAUUUUACAGUUAAUCCUUGACGCCAAAUGUUUAACCUCACACUGUCGGAGAGAUGGAAAGACGAUGCGGCGGUUGGGGGGAACCCGCGAGAGCAUUCGGAGUUACACACGCGCGAGACGUCAUAAAAACAACCCCCAAAGAGGGCCCCCCCCCCCCCCCCCGCCUUCCCUGCUUUCAAGAAAGCCGUAUAUAUUCCAUGACUACGUGGAAAAACGUUAUAUAAUCAGAUUUAUUUUAGAAUAAGUAAGCCGACGAUAUCGUGACGGCCUCGAUGCUGUGUGCAACUCUGGGUUUUCGUUCCUAUCAGCUUUUUUUUUUGGACUAAUUUUUAGUUGGUGAGUUCAUUGCAUGUUGUUGAGCGCAUCUGGUUUUACUGCGAUUAUUCCAACCCCCCACCCCCACCCCCCUCGUAUACUUGUUUUAUCUGUU